AUGGGUAUUUCAAAUAGUUGUCUGCCAAUCUCAUUUAAUAAUUGUCAUUCAUUAUGUCGUCGUAGUUCAAUAUCAAAACUAAAUCAUGAUUAUGAAGAACCGGUUUAUCAUAAUGUAAUUGAUCUAAAUCAUGUAUCAGAGGAUGAACUAUUAUUCUUACCUGGCAUAAAUCGACAAUUAGCAAAUAAUAUAAUUGAAUAUCGACACAGGCAUAAUGGUUUUAAGCAAAUCAAUGAACUCUUACAAGUUAAUGGAAUAAAUUCAAAUUUACUUCGACAAAUUUAUGCUGAUAUCACUAUUGAUUCAUCUUCUUAUUCUUUAUCAAAUAAUAAAAAAGAACUUAUUAAUCUAAAUUUAGCAUCAUAUGAUGAAUUAUGUUCAGUAGCUGGUUUAACAUCAAAUAUUGUUAAACGAAUAAUUCAACGUCGUGAACGAAAAGGAUUAUUUCGUUCUCUCGGAGAUUUACUUAAAAUAAAAGGAAUUGAUUGCAUUGUUUUAGAAGCUAUUCGUCCUUUUGUCACUAUCGGUGAUCAACAAAUUAGACCUUCUAUUAGUUAUACUUCAUUGAAUAAUCUUCAAUCAAUAUUAAAUAGAAGUGAUAAUAAUGCCAAAGAUACACUUUCACUUGUAUUGCAUUUAUUAGAAACAUUACCAAGUGAAAUGCAAGCAAUACUUACUUCAUCAUAUCCUUCACGUCUGUCUGCUAUUCAUGACAAUAGUAAUAAACCAAAUACUUUUCGUUUUGCUUCAUGGAAUUUACGACAAUUAACAAAUGAUAAGGUACAAAACCCAGGUGUUAGGGAAGUUAUUUGUCGAGUUAUACUCGAAAAUAACUUUUCAUUGAUUGGUAUUCAAGAAAUCGGAAAUAAAGAAUCAUUGGAUUCUAUUGCACAAGAAUUAAAUAAUCCAACUAUUCCAUCAAUUAAAAAUUGGCCCAAUCGUCGCCAUGGAAAAUGGAGAUCUACGACCAGUGAUGUCUCUGGUGAAAUAUUACAAGGAACUGAAUAUCUUGGAUUUCUGUAUGAUGAAUCAAUUGGUAUUGAAUUUAAAAAAGCUUCAUUAUUACCAUUUAAAACAUAUUUUAAUCAAUUACCAUAUAUUACUAUAUUUCGUAUAUUUAAUAAACUUGAAUUAGUUUUUGUUAAUAUUCAUUUAACAACAAAAAAAUCAGAUGAAGAUAAAACUUCAGAAAAAAAAGAUGAAGCUAAAUCAUUAUCAGUUUUAGCUCAAGCAAUGAAGAAUACUAUUGAGCAAAAACAUGUAAUAAUUUUUGGAGACUUUAAUAAUGUUCCAACAGCUUCAGAAUUUGACUCAUUAGUUAAAUGUAAUUAUUCAUAUGUUAUUCAACAAAAUACAAAUAUUAGUUUAAAAGAACCGCAAGGAUCAGUUUGCGUAGAUAAUAUUUGGCUUUCAGAGGAAGCGAAAAAUUUGAAUACAGGAAACACGGGAGUUAUUCGUGAUAAUCUUACUAAUUUUUGGAUUCCAAAUGGUUGGACAUUGGGUGGUUUAGUAAGUGACCAUUGUCCAAUUUGGAUGGAAUUUAAUUUAUCUUAA